CAAUUCCUCUGGCGCCUUGGAGGGUCGUGGAGGACGACAUGGGGCGCUGCCUCAAGGGCUUCAAGAGCUUCAAGGACCUAGGGGGGCCGAGGCUAGUUAGGUUGCAGCUGUAUGUACGGCGUGGUGACACGGUGUUUCGGGAUGAGCUGGAGUGGGACGUGAACGACCCGGCGGCCAGCACGUUGCAGUACGCCUGCGAGGUUUGUGUGCACCUGCAUCUGGAUCUGGCCUGGGCUCAAGCCAUUAGCUCGCACUUGCAUGACCUGGUGCACGAGGUGGUGGAGGACCUCCGAAAGCACCCCGAGGAGGUCAGCUUGCUGCCACCCACACCCGGCAUCUGGCACACCACGUCAACCAGCUGGGAGCCCCUGCCGCCAGGCCAGAUGCCGCCAGACCAGCCGCAGCUGCAGCAGCACGAGCCACAAGGACAGCAGGAGCCGCUGCUUGGAAGUAGUGGCCAGAACGGCAGUGGUGGUGCAGCUGCCGUUGCUGGCUGUGCCAGUGGCACUGGGUCGGGGUCGGGGGUUAUCCCUCGGGAUGCAGUCCGCAGCCCCUUCCCGCGCAUCGAGGCGUACGACCCUGCCACCGACUUGGAAGCUGAGCGUCGAGCCCGAAGGGAGGCCAAGGCGGAGCGUCGCAAACGUGAGGACGAGGUGCGGCAGCACCCCCCUCGGCCGCAACCGGAGGAUGCACGGAGCGGAGGACAGCAGCAGUCGCCUGUCAUGAAGGAGGUCGAGGCGCGGGAGGGUCCUCCAGGCCAGGGGCCUUCAAUGGCAUCGAUGCAGCAGCAGCAGCAAUCGUUGAUGCAGCCGCGGCAGGUUAAAAACGAGCCAGCAGUAGGGCAGACGACUACAUCGCCGCUGCCGCAACAGCAGCAGCAGCUGCCGCCGCCCCAGCAGCAGCAGCAGCAACAGGCGACUGGACAUCACCACCAUGGGCACCAUCACCACCACCAUCACUCUCAUUCCCACCAUUCGCACCAUCAGCAACACACGCCUUUGCAGCAGCAGCAGCAGCAGUUCCAGCAGCAACAACAACAACUUCAACCCCAGCAACAGUACCAGCCGCAGAUGCAGCAGCCAGGCCACAAACAGGAGCCGCAGAUGCAGCAGCAGGGGAUGCGACCGGACACAACACACGGUACUGUGUCAUGAUGUCGUACAUGUUUGCCGAAUUGUGAAAGAAGCUGCUCCCAAACUUAAGUUGCAGGCGUCAUAUAUCCCACCUCGUGUGUCGCGUCCAUUUCCCAAAUGACAUGGACUUAAGCACACACACACUUAAGCACACAGACACAUGCAUACAGACAUACAGGGCGGGAAAGGCCAAAGCCGCUUUUUGCGGCGUCAUUCCCGGUGUACCUGCCGUGUACUGAGUUGUCCAAGGCAAGGCCGCCUUUUCCGGUACCGGUGCUCCUGCUCCUAGUACUGCUCCUGCUGCCUCACUGAAGAAACCGAACACAUCUACAGACCAUACCUACUAAUAGACCAUAAAAUGGCUACAAGGCGCUUUAUCCAACGGCUCAGGCGGCGUAACGGCAACCGAGCGGGAUCACCACGGAGGAACCAGCCAGCGAAACCACAGCCUCGGGCCGCAGAGCUUAAACAUAUUUAAUAAAUGGUACUGUGCCGGGACGCCACUACUCCAUCGCGCAUGCGAGGCGAUGCGGGACACAGGCACCCACCCAGGGCAGUACGUUACAAUCCAGGCCAAUUGCUACAUACGACACGACUUUCAUUCAGUGUUCAGCGGUUCAGGCAGCUCUUGCUGGGUCCAUGUGGAUUGCUUGAACCCGGGGCCCAACCGCGCGAAACAACGCAUAUCACUCCCUCCACAUCUCUGCACCCCCACAAAACGCGCACCCGCAGCCG